GCUCACGACAUAUAAUUGCACUUCGUACAUCCACUGGUCUCUUCGCCGUCGGCAUGUAUAUCUUCAUGUGAGCCACUCACUUCAAGCCAAAAUCUUUCAUCGAAUUGAAGAUUCAAUUUGUAGGUGAAUUUCCUCUCAAUACGCGACUCAAUGCCUGCAUUUAAAGGCGACAAUAAUCUAUUUCUUGAUCAGCCUUCAAUGCAAUAAUCUGGCAACUACCUAGGUACUUUUUGACUCUCUCGAAAAGAUCAGACAGUAUUCUGUUUCUUGUUGAUGGUUCUCACUCGUUUCCUGCAUUUUACAUCGUUGAAUACUGCUUGCCGUUUACAAACCCCAGCCAGCCUCAAUAGCUCCAAUGCCGUCCGUAAGCAAAAACGUUUACCCACUUCACCUACAAGUUAAGGAAUACCUACCACAUUUCCGAAGACAAUAUCGAGCUCUCCUGAGAGAAGCAACUUAUCUUCCCGAUUCUGCCGCAAGAACUUUCGUCCACGAUCUUCUCGUCAAACGAUUCAAUCCUCCCGAUCCUCGAAAACUCAAUCCAAAAUACUGGGGAACCGAUUACUUACGAUCAAAAGUUGAUGUGAAAAAACUGCAGACAAGGUCUAAGAAGAAUGCCACAAAAUUACAUUUGCUAGAACGUGUAAAUCUGGAAGGAAGUGUACCUGAUUUACAGCAUGUUUUAUUGCGAACAUAUGGCCGAGCAGGACAUAGAAGGAGGGAAUUGGUUACCCAAUUAUUAAGACCUGGAGAGGAUGAAAUGCCACAAGAUGAUACAGCGCUAUCCCAAAUUAUCGAUAGUCAAAUUUCCAAAAAUCUGGAUGCGACCAAAGAUGUUGAGAUAGAUAAAGCAAACGCUGUGCCCAAAAGGCAGCGCCGAGAGCACAAAGAAAUGCAUUUGUUUCUCAUGAGUCAACAAGCAAACAAUCCUAUGGAAUCGAUGCGAGGGAAGAUAAAAAAGCUUACGCCAGAUAUACCGUCAACGAAUGUAUGGGGACGCGUCCUUCCAGAAAAACGGAAACAAAAUUUGCAACGCACAUGGUGGGCCAGUCUUCUAGAGCGAGUUUUACCACCACUACCUGAACAUGAGUGGAAUAGAUUGAGAGAUUUGGCAGAAGGGACACAACCAAUUGAGUGUCCGCGCCCAAGACGAAAGGCUGCUAUUCCCCGGAAUGGAAAUGAAGAUACUAAGUCCGCUGGAGAAGAGAUGAAUUCAUUAUAUACCAAACCAGCCAGACUCAACACGGACGUCUGGGCUGAGACAACGACGAAAGCUGACCUAGAUGAUCCCCAAGCUUCUAAUACGCCACAAAAUAAUAGGACACGAGCCAUGCGAAGGCUGUAUGGUAUGAUUUGGAGUCUCUCAUCAAAGAUGGUGCAAGAUGAGAACACUAAACAAUAUACAAUAACUUGGGGAGGACAACGUUCACCAUCGGCUGCAGGGGAGAUUACAAAACCAUCAUUCAGAGAUGCUGAAUUUUUCGAAUUGCCAGACGAUGGGCUAGCUCAAGGAAGUGCGGAUAGAAAGGUUAGGAAGUCAGUUCAGCGUGAAACAAAACAACUGAAGCAUUAGGAUCGGUAUCACUGCUACUGUUCAAUCUUUAGCA